GAAAUAAAAGACGAGGGAGAGAGAGAAGUCGUGAGAAGUGCGCAGACCAGACAUUGUUGUAGCUACACGUGCUUUCUUCCCGGAUCGGCCCUCUCCUGCGGUGGCUCCCAUUUUUCUGCGCCCGAGACACACUCCGACGACUCCGGACCCUAUUUUAUCGUCCUCUGAAUCCGAUCUCGAACUAAUUUCUAGCCAACCCUCAAGCAUUCACUUCCAUUUUCCUUUUUCCUUUUCGCAUUCUUGUCCAAUUUCUCCAACCCAUCUCGCUGUUCUGCAGCAAUGGCUGUCAAUUCGUGGACCCAUUUCGCGCCCCCGCCGCUUCGUUCACUGCCUCGUUUCUCUUUCGCUUUCUUUUCUCGCAUCUUUUUGCGCCCUGUUUCGGCCACUGCCUUCCGUAGGCGGAGCCUUGUCUUGGUUCGUGCCCAAGCGCCCAGUACCGAUGACUGUGGAUCCAACCUGCCGCUCGGUUUGGAGGAAUCGGGACAUUCGCUCGGGUCCACUGGUUCGCCGUCCUCGUCCUCGGUGAUUGAUUUCCUCACAUUGUGCCAUCGUCUUAAGACAACAAAGAGAAAGGGGUGGAUCAAUCAUGGAAUAAAUGGUCCUGAAUCAAUUGCUGAUCAUAUGUACCGCAUGGCUCUGAUGAGUUUGAUAGCUGAUGACCUUCCAGGAGUGAACAGAGAAAGGUGUAUCAAGAUAGCUCUUGUUCAUGAUAUUGCUGAAGCUAUUGUUGGAGAUAUAACGCCAUCUGAUGGUGUGCCAAAAGAAGAAAAGAGCAGAAGAGAGUCAGCAGCCCUAAAUGAGAUAUGCCAACUUCUUGGUGGAGGCAAGAGAGCUGACGAGAUCAAAGAACUUUGGACCGAGUAUGAAAACAAUGCUUCGUUGGAGGCUAAUCUUGUGAAAGACUUUGAUAAAGUCGAAUUAAUUCUUCAAGCAUUUGAAUAUGAAAUAGAACAUGGGAAGGUGCUGGAUGAGUUUUUCCAUUCAACGGCUGGAAAAUUUCAGACGGAGGUAGGAAAGAGUUGGGCAGCGGAGGUAUUGUCCAGAAGAAAUUCUAGAUUGAGAAACAGCCAAAACUGAUAUUCUAGGUACUUCUUCCUAUAUUGUUCAUCCAACUUUACUUAUACAAGUUAAAGAAGUUGGAAUUUGUGUAUUUUAGAACAACACACUCUCCUGGUGAUGAAAGCUUCUUUUCACUUG